GAAGAUGUGACACGAGGAAGAUCAAACAGAUGCUGUAAGAUGUGAGAAAAACAGAAACAUCAUCUUAAUGCUGUCUUUUUUCACCCAACAGGACAUCUUGAGCUACAAGGAGGCAUAUGCCCAGGUGAACGAGCGUGACCUGGAGGCAGAUAUCGAGGAUGAUACCAGUGGAGAUGUGAGGAACCUCCUAAUUUCACUGCUGCAGGCAAGCAGAGACGAGGGCUACGAGGUGGACGAGGAUUUAGCUGCACAAGAUGCUGCAUCUCUGUUUGAAGUGCGUGUUGAAUUUUUUUCAUAUCAAAGCCUAUAACACAGGUUGCCCUUU